AUGGAUGACCGCCAAUCCGACCAUGAUCCUCCACGAUACUCGAGGCAAAACUCCCUCCAUGAGCAGCGCAUGACGAGGCGAAACACGGCGACGAGCUACAACUCUGACGGCAGCAGCAAUGAGUCAAGGAUCAAUCACAAUGGACCGCCCGCCACGCCGCCGCCUCGUCUCAUGUCGAGCCCUAGCGCUGGCUCGUCCGCCGGGGCUUCUUAUGGCGUGAUGAGUCCCUUAUGGCGGGAGCUGUCUCUCUCGAACUCACAUGACCAGCACGACGGCGUGUCGAGGUCGUCCAGCCGCUUAGCCUUGGCCCGACGGUUGAGCCACCUCGCUCAGCAGCUUACCAGCGAUGGUGAGAUUGACGAACAUGUCUUGACAAGUCAGCUGGAUCAGAUGGAAAAGGCCGUUGCGCAGUCGCCGCCUCGGAGUAGAUUCUCUUCACCGCAUCACCGCCGACCGGGCAGCUUUGAGUCGGAACGUGGCGUGGUACGGAGCCAUAGCGAUCUUGGUGGCUCGAUGGUGAGCUCACCCGCCUCGUCAUUGUACCGUUCACGAUUCUCCGAUCUGUCGGCGUCCCUCAUGAUGAGAGAAUCAGAGCCUGCGCCCGAGCCCGAAGUGACCCAGGAGGUCCAGAAACCGGGCUUAACACCACGGCAGCUGAAUAAGAUCAUCGCCGAGGCUACAAAGCUCAAUGAGGAGCUUGCCAAUGUCGUUGGUAACCUCAAAGCACGGCAGGAAGAGUCAAAUCAUAUUCACGAUCUCUUGAUCGAGCGCGCCGAGCGCGCCGCCCAACGCAUCAUGUUCUUACAAGACCGCAUAUCACACCUCGAGGGGGAACUCCGAGAUAACGACGACGAGAUACAACACCUGCGCAUCUGCCUCAAAGCAGUCGAGGUACAGUUGCCGCCAAACCCCGAUCCAGAUAUCCAACGCUGCAUCGCCUCUUUCAAGAAGGAAUACCAGACCUUGCGGAAGAAGCGACUCAACCGCAGCAUGGAACAAGGCUAUCAUAAUGGCCACGGCGUAGGAGACGUGACGCCAUCACCGACACGAUGA